AUGGGGUUCCCUGUGCUGCCGUAUUAUCCGGAUGUAUCCGAGAUCGGCCCUCUCAACGUGGUGGGCUCGGCCCUCAUAUCAUACGACUCAUCCAAGGUCGAUUCCCUAGCUGCCUUUAGCAAGACCUCGGGUCUCAGCGUGUAUGUGGAUCUCAAUAUUGAGUCCGAGUCAGCUGAUGAGAACCUGAUCACCUCUUUGCUGUCUCUUUUCAACAACGGGGUACUCUACGUGGUUGUCACCAAUGUGGCACUUGGAACCGACAUCCUUGCCAAGAUUCCUAAUGCCAGAUUGGCUUAUAAAGUGGCAUCUUUGGCAUCGAUCCCGGCUGAGAUCCCAGAAAGUGUGCCAAUUUUUGCGAAAGAUGUUUCUGCAGCUUCUUCUAGCAGAACUGUAUUUGCGUUGUCUCCAGCAUCUGAAGACCUAUCUGCUCUCAUCAAGAAGAACAUCACUCCUGUGGUUAUCGCGAGCGAUCUCUCCACUGAAUAUGCCGAAACCCUUCCAGCAGGCAAAGUUGCUCUUGCUGACUUGCUCUCGUAUGCAAUCACCACUGACCGCAAUGACGGACUCUACACGACCCUUGUUACUGGAACGGAUAACCAGAGCCUUGGACUGGUGUACUCUUCGUACAAGUCUCUGGCUGAGGCCAUCAAAACUGGAACUGGUGUAUACCAAAGCCGCAAGCAUGGUCUCUGGUAUAAGGGUGCCACUUCUGGAUCUACCCAGACUCUCCAGCGCAUCGAUCUUGAUUGCGAUGGCGACUGCAUCCGGUUCGUGGUGAUCCAGGCUGGCACGGGCUUCUGCCACUUGGGCACCGCCAGUUGUUUUGGUAAAGACUCGGGGCUGUCCGCAUUGGAAUCUGUCCUCAAUGAGAGACUCCAGAACGCUCCUGCUGGAUCGUACACAAAACGGUUGUUUGACGACGAAGCCCUCCUCAAUGCCAAGAUCAAGGAGGAGGCAGAAGAGCUCACAGAGGCUACCGACAAAGACGAAGUUGCCUGGGAAGCAGCUGACCUCUUCUAUUUUGCUUUGGCUAGAUGUGCAAAGUACGGUGUAUCCAUUUCAGACAUUGAGAGGAAUUUGGACAUGAAGUCGCUCAAGGUGACUAGGCGUAAGGGCGAUGCUAAACCCAAAUUUAUCGAGGCUGCAAAAGCUCAGACUGCGAAGCCAGAAGUUGUGAAGACUGAGGUUGCUCCAGUUGCUGAAAGUGAUGGCCGUAUCGUGAUGACCCGCGUUAUUGCUGCCUCAGCUCCUUCAGCAGACUUGGAGAAGGCUCUCAAACGCCCUAACCAGAAAACAUCCGACAUCAUGAAGCUUGUCAAUCCAAUCAUCGAUGCCGUGAAGGCCAAGGGAGAUGCCGCGUUACUGGAGCUGACCGCGAAAUUCGACAAAGUGCAGCUUGCUUCGCCUGUUCUAGAGGCUCCAUUCCCACCAGAACUCAUGAACCUGACUGAAGAUGUCAAACGUGCAAUUGACAUCUCCGUCGAAAACGUUCGUGUUUUCCACACCGCCCAACUGACCUCUAAGAUGGAAGUGGAGACUUGUGCUGGAGUCAGAUGCUCUAGAUUUGCAAGACCUGUUGAGAAGGUGGGUCUUUACAUCCCUGGUGGAACCGCAGUAUUGCCCUCUACUGCUCUAAUGCUGGGAGUUCCUGCUAACGUCGCUGGAUGUGAGGAGAUCAUUUUUGCUUCGCCUCCUGGUCCUGAUGGAAAAUUGACUCCUGAGGUGGUGUACGUGGCUCACAAGGUGGGUGCCAAGAAGAUUGUUCUUGCGGGCGGUGCCCAGGCUAUUGCUGCAAUGGCGUACGGAACCGAAUCUGUACCAAAGGUGGACAAAAUCAUGGGACCUGGCAACCAGUUCGUGACUGCAGCCAAAAUGUACGUUUCCAAUGAUACCACAGCUCUUUGUGGAAUCGAUAUGCCUGCUGGUCCAUCUGAGGUUCUGGUGGUGGCAGAUGCUUUUGCCGACCCCGACUUCGUUGCCUCGGAUCUGCUGUCUCAGGCUGAGCACGGUGUCGAUUCUCAGGUUAUUCUGGUCGCCGUAGGUAUGACUUCUGAGCAAAUCGAUAAGAUUGACGAGGCCGUCCACAGACAGGCCCUCGAACUGCCCAGAGUUGACAUCGUUCGCAAGUGUAUUGCCCACUCCUACACCAUCGUGGUGGAUACCUAUGCCGAUGCUUUGGCAAUGUCGAACAGAUAUGCUCCAGAACACUUGAUUCUGCAAAUUGAAGACGCCGAAUCGUACGUCGAUAGCGUGACCAACGCCGGUUCUGUGUUUGUGGGAGCAUACUCACCCGAGAGUUGUGGAGAUUACUCCUCUGGAACUAACCACACUCUGCCAACAUACGGUUACGCCCGUAUGUACAGUGGAGUGAACACGUCGACUUUCCAGAAGUUCAUCACCUCUCAGGUGGUGACGCCAAAGGGCCUGCAAAGCAUCGGUAAGGCUGUCAUGGACCUUGCUGCCGUUGAGGGUCUGGAUGCCCAUAGAAAUGCUGUGAAGAUCCGUAUGGAGAAACUCGGCUACCUGUGA